GCCACCACACAAUAGCAACCCAAUCAGUUUGGCCAACUGAAGCAAGUUCUCUGCGUAAAGCAAUCGACCGCCUUCUUCCGGAGGACAAACAAUGUUACAGUGUCGAGCAAACCCUCUCAUUUGCCCCAACGAGAUCCGUUCUCCUCCUCCUAUAUCCACCAAAAAGCCGCCUAGAUCUCAACUACACUCAUCUAGUACCUACUUUCAGCCUCCCGCCAUGCCAUCUCCCGGCAAUAGCCGCCGCCGCCGCCGUCGCGGGAGCAGCUCGGAUAAGUCCACAUUCUUUUCACUUCCUUCCGCGGCCGCCGUGGAGUCUCCUUCUCCGCAACCGGAUGAUCAGAGGAAGGGCACCGAUCUCCAGACGCUUUUUAGGAGGUUUUGGAAGGUUGCUGGGCCGUAUUGGUUUUCGGAUGAUAAGGUUCAAGCCAGAUUGGAGUUGGCUGCUGUUUUUGCCCUUACACUUGGAACCACCGGCAUUAGUGUCGGUUUUAAUUUCCUUGGCCGCGACUUCUACAAUGCUCUUGCUAACAAAGACCAAGAACAGUUCACUAAGCAACUGCUGUACUACCUUGCUGGAUUUGCUGGUGGAAUCCCGUUCUUUGUGUUAAGAGACUAUGCCAGAGAAAUCCUUGCUUUAAGAUGGAGAGCUUGGAUGACAAGCUAUUACAUAGAUCGCUAUCUCAAAAAUCAAACAUUCUACAAAAUACAGUCGCAAUCAAUAAUUGAUAAUCCAGACCAGCGGAUUGUUGAUGAUCUAAGUUCCUUCACGGGGACGGCACUUUCAUUCUCGUUGGCACUAUUCAAUGCUGCUGUUGAUUUAGUGUCUUUUAGCAACAUCCUAUAUGGUAUAUAUCCACCAUUGUUUGCUGUACUUCUUGUUUAUUCAAUUGGUGGAACAGCAAUAAGUGUUUUCCUUGGGAAGGGAUUAGUGACACUAAACUUUUUGCAAGAAAAAAAGGAAGCUGAUUUCCGUUUUGGGUUGGUACGCAUUAGAGAAAAUGCUGAAUCAAUUGCAUUCUACGGUGGUGAGGAAAAUGAGAUGCAACUUAUGCUGCAGCGCUUCAGAAGUGCUUUUGAAAAUUUAACUCAAUUGUUGGUGUCCUCUAGAAAUCUGGAGUUCUUCACCAAUGGCUACCGAUAUCUGAUUCAGAUUCUUCCUGCUGCAGUUGUUGCACCCAUGUAUUUCUCUGGAAAGAUUGAAUUCGGUGUCAUAAAUCAGUCUGUCUCUGCUUUUAAUCAUAUUCUUGGGGAUUUUUCUCUCAUUGUAUACCAAUUUCAAGCAAUCAGUGCCUUCUCAGCUGUCAUUGACAGACUAGGUGAAUUUGAUGAUGUUUUGGAUAGCAGCAGCUCAAAUCCUCUUUCUGAUCCCUCGGAUAAGAUUGUUCUUAUAUACUGCAACAUGCAAACUUCUACCUCCUUGCAGUCUAAUGGAUCUAUGAUUCUGGACAACCAUCAAGAGUUGCUUGACAUUGAGAACUUGACCAUACAGACACCAUCAAAUAAAGCUACACUCUUGAGGGAAUUGUCAUUGAAGAUAUAUGAGAAGGAUCAUCUGUUGAUAACAGGACCAAGUGGGAGUGGUAAAACUUCAUUGCUGAGAGCUAUUGCUGGUCUUUGGAGCAACGGAAAGGGAAAAAUCAGGUUCUACACAAAAGAUACAAAAGAUCCCAAUGUCACUGCUCUGGAAGAUAGUACCAUACAUGAUGCCUACGGGGAUUUUGAAAGCUCCAGUUGUAGAAGUUAUAGAGGUGUAUUUUUCCUUCCACAAAGACCCUAUAUGGUUCUGGGAACGCUUCGUCAACAACUUCUUUAUCCUAUAUGGACUGAAGAUUCAGUUUCUUUGCCAGAAAACACUAAACCAGCUGGUAUGCCACCUUUUUUCAUGCAGGGACUGAACUCAAAAGAUGUUUGUCUCAAGCCUCAAAAGCCCACUACUGAUGAUCUACUCCAAGUUUUGGAAGAUGUUCGCCUUGGCUAUGUACUAUCUCGCUUUAAUAGUCUGGAUUCUACUUGUGAGUGGUCUAGUGUUCUUUCUCUUGGUGAACAGCAGCGCCUGGCUUUUGCACGUCUUUUGCUUUCAAAACCAUCUUUGGUUCUAUUGGAUGAAUCAACCAGUGCUUUAGAUGAAGCUAAUGAGGCCCAUCUAUACCAGCUGAUUGAAGCAGCAGGGAUAACAUAUAUAAGCAUCGGCCACAGAAGAACCCUCUACAAGUACCACACCAAGAACCUUCAUAUAUCAACACUGGACCCUCUCAGUAGCCACCGCAAUUGGCACAUUGAGUCCAUCAAACAAGAAGCCGAAUACAAUUUAUCAAAGCAAUAGGGGCAGUUCCAACAAGCUUUCUGCCUCUUUCUCAACCUUGGCUGUCCCGAGGCACGAGGGUGACCUGUGAGUUAAUUUGCUUGUCGCCUAAUUGGUGUUUCAUUCACCAGAACUUAGCCAAAAGGAUACAAAGAAGGCUGACUACGAAGUUCAUCGCAUUCUUCAACCGGGUGCCUGUGAAAGGUGUUAAUUCGAAUCCCCGGCUUUAGCUGUCAAGGAUUAAACUAAACUAAAUGUACAUGUUGAUAUUGAGAGUGGACAUUGAAAGGGAUUUUUAAAAGCGGAAACUAUACUGCAAAUGCAAGUUAAAUCUCAUGUCGAUGAGCCAGUUAGGUUAAGAUGCAAAGCCAUUAAACCAAAGCAGGAAUAUAGGAUUCCUUUCUCUUUGUGCA